UAAACUAAAUGGGGUCGUUACAGGCGAGGCAAUCCCACCCGCCGUUUCUCUUCUUCCUAAACAUAAAAAUGGCGCAUCCUCGAUUCCUCCUGCCCACCUAACAGCAUGAUGUUUUUUUUUUGUCUGAAUCAUCCAGUUGAUAUUUGAUCUGAUCAAAUAAAAGUUGAGCCAUUCCUGACAGGGACGGGGAGAUCCAAAAGCUCCCUGCUGCUGGUUCUUGCUUUGUUGCAAUUGGAGCAAUAGGGAGGGGAGGAAGGUGGUAGCCAUCGAGGUGGUGGCAUUCGCUGUCGCCACCUUUAGCUAUCACCUUCCUCUUCCUCCGCCUCCUCCUCCUGCUUGCCCCCAACCUUCUUUCUCCAACUACAGGGCUGGAUACCUCUGGGCAAGCUGGGGGGUUCCAUGGCGAUGGUGCUCGACUCCUUCGUGAAGCGAUGCACGGCGUCACUGGAGGACUUCGCCGGCCAGGAAGCCUGCGCCGCCCUCGGUAUCGGGGACGACGUCAGGAGCCUCCUGGCCACGCUCUCGCGCAUAGGGGCCAUCGUCUCCCACGAGGAGCAGAGGAAGGUCCUGAGCGCCAAAGUUGACGCAUGGGUGGCGCAGGUGAAGGAUGCCAUGUACGAGGUCGACGACGUCCUCGAUAUCUGCAUGAUCGAGGGUGGAAAGAUCCUCACCGACGCCCACACGCCCACGCCCAAGGUCCGGUGCUCGUUCAUGUUCUCCUGCUUCAAGCAUGCAGGCCCCCGAAAGUUCCACCAUGAAAUCGGUUUCAAGAUUAGGAACAUUGAUCUUAGGCUGAGGGAAGUCGAGGAGGAAAUGCCCAGGCUUCCUGCUGGAUCAGUGCACUCCGAUGCAAAAAGGGAUUGGUUCAGUAAUAACAUCUGUAAGCAAUGUUAUGACACGAUUAAGCCUCAUGCAGUGGGAGCACAAGUUCAGAAGGCAGUGGGUAGCCUCGUGCCAAGGAUGCUUAGAGAGGGCAAGAAGAAGGUGGAUGUCUUCGCCAUUGUUGGUGCAGUGGGGAUUGGCAAGACAACCCUUGCUAGGGAGAUAUACAAUGACGGCAGGAUGACUGAAAAUUUCCCGAUUUGUGUGUGGGUUAAGAUGUCGAAGGAUUUGUCAGAGGUAGCUUUCUUGAAGAAGAUCAUCAGGGGUGCCGGUGCCAAUGUCGGGGAUACAGAGAACAAAGAGGAACUCCUCGGCCUCCUCAGUUCUGCUCUUUCAAAGAGGUUUCUGAUUGUCUUAGAUGACUUGGACAACCCAGGUAUAUGGGACAAUCUGCUCAAAGAUCCGUUGGGAGAUGGUGUGGCGAGAGGCAGAAUACUGAUCACAACACGUAAUGAGGAAGUGGCGACAAGCAUGAAGGCAAUUGUCCACCUUGUUGACAAAAUGGACACGGAAAGUGGCUGGGCAUUAUUUUGCAAACAAGUUCUUCCAGAAUGCAAUUCAGAAGAGCUUGCAGCAUUGAAGGAUGUUGGGAUUAACAUCGCAGAGAAAUGUGAUGGUCAUCCUCUAGCAAUCAAGGUCGUUGCAGGUGUCCUAAGGUCAAGAGGCAAGAGCAAGGCUGAGUGGCAGAUGGUCCUGGAAAGUGAUUCUUGGUCCAUGCGCCCGAUCAUUCCAGAAGUACCACAAGCUCUGUACGUGAGUUAUGUUGACCUGCCUUCUGAACUAAAGGAGUGUUUCCUCCAUUGCUCUCUGUAUCCAGAAGAAUGCCCCAUUCAGCACUUUGACCUUGUGCGGCAUUGGAUUGCUGAAGGCAUUGUAAAUGCCAGGGACAACAAGUUACUGGAAGAAUCAGCUGAAGAGUAUUAUGUAGAACUGAUAAGCAGAAACUUAUUACAGCCUGAUCCUGACAAUGUUGAACAGUGCUGGAUAACCCAUGAUCUUCUUCGCUCACUAGCCCGUGUUUUGAUAGCAGAGGAGAGUAUUUUAAUUAAUGGUCAGCAGAAACCGAGCACGAGCUCAUUGUCAAAGCCCCGGCAUCUCACGUUGUGUAACAUGGAGAACAGUCUGGAGGAUCCAAUUUCACUGAAGCAGAAGAUGAGCAUAAGGUCACUGAUGCUCUUCAAAAGCCCAAAUGUCAGAUCAAUAGAUCUUCUCCUCGAGCCGGCUCCAUGCUUGCGUGUAUUGGAUUUGAGCAAGACAGCAAUAGAAUCCCUCCCAAAAUCCAUUGGCAACUUGUUAUAUUUGAGAUACCUCAAUCUUGACGGAACUCAGGUCAGAGACAUACCUUCUUCCAUUGGCUUUCUCAUAAACUUGCAGACCUUGAGCCUUCAAGGUUGCCAAAGAUUACAAAGACUUCCUUGGUCCAUCAGGGCAUUGCUAAAACUUAGAUGCCUUUGUCUGGAGGGAACUUCCCUAAGCUAUGUACCAAAGGGUGUCGGUGAAUUGAAGCAUCUUAAUUAUCUAUCUGGUCUAAUCAUUGGUCAUGACAAUAACGGACCUGAGGGUUGUGACUUAGAUGACCUUAAAACUUUGUCAGAAUUAAGGCACCUUCAUAUAGAGAGUUUGGAUAGGGCUACUUCAGGUGCUGCUGCACUUGCAAACAAGCCAUUCCUGAAGGAUCUGUACCUCUCUGAGCAAGCACUGGUAACAGAAGAACAACAACAUGAAGAACAGGAGAAUCAGGAGAACAAAGAUGAAACUGGGAAAGAAGAGAAGGAAGAACAGGAAGGAAGCAGUGGCCAAUGCAGUGGAGAGGAAUCAGCCAAAGCCAGUGAAAAGAUAUGGAAUGAACUCACCCCACCCCAGAGCAUCGAGAAGCUACUAAUCAAGAACUACAAAGGUGUAAAGUUCCCAAAUUGGAUGAAAGGUCCCAAGCUAGGAACCUCCUUCCCCAGCCUUGUGUUUUUGGAUCUUGACAACUGCAUGUCAUGCACUAGACUGCCUUCACUUGGCCUGCUGAAUCAGCUCCAGUCCCUCCAAAUCUCAAAUGCGGACUCAGUUAUCACCAUUGGUCCAGAAUUCCUUGGCAACACUGUACUUUCACCAGCCAUUUCAUUUCCUAAGCUUGAGGUUUUAAAGCUCAGAAACAUGAAGAAACUGGAAGAGUGGUCUUUAGCAGUGGAAGAGAGCCAGGUACUGUUACCUUGUCUUAAGUCACUGCACAUACAGUCCUGCCAUAAACUGAAAGCUCUACCAGAGGGCCUAAAGCAUGUGGCGCUGUGUGACCUUCGUGUGGAGGGUGCAUAUAACCUAACAGAAAUCAAGGAUCUGCCAAAACUAUCUGAUGAACUCCACCUCAAAGAUAACAAGGCACUUCAGAGGAUCUCCAACCUUCGCAUGCUUCGUUCCCUCAUUAUUGACGAUUGCUCAAAACUGAAGCAUGUGACGGGUCUUGAUGCACUCCAGCACCUCAGACUAGUGUUUCUCCCAUCCACCGAGACAUUUCAUUUUGAAGAGCUGAUCAUCUUCUGGAGUAUCACGUUCCCACGGUGGUUGGAGCUGCUGAUUCAGAAGUGCAAAGGCCUGCGACGGUUUGAGUUGCAGUGCAGCCUGCCAUUACUCAGGAGUUGCCUGGAUGGUGGCAAGAACUGGCACAUUGUGCAGCAGAUCCCUGAGGUGCGCAUCAUAAGCUGUGAUGGCAAGAGAUACAUCCGGUACAACAAGAACCGUCGCAUCUACCACACGAAUGCUCAGUCUGAAGAAUGAAGCCUUUCUGAAAAUCUUGGUGCGCCACUGGUUUGUUCUGGUACAACCACACGUUUUAGUUGUCCCUGUCGAUUGUUCCCGCAGUUAUGGUAUAACAACAACUUACACAAGCAUUUUGUGUUCCUUUCUCUUGCAGCCACUGGUUUGUUUUGGUAUAGCCACACGUUUCAGUUGUCCCUGUCGAUUGUUCCGGGAGCUUGUAUUUAUAUUGCGAGUUUUGUAUUCUGAUCACGACUGAUCCAGGAGUCUUUGUUUGUGUUGUGGGCCUUUUGUUCUUAUCACUCUACCGACAUAUAAAGUGGAAAUGGUAUGACA